GCGGGGACCCAUUGAAGAAGAAGACUGAGUAUUGGCCACAGCCUAGGGCUUCUGUCCAAUAGGAGCUUACCUGCUGGCGGCUCUGGCGGGAGCUUGAGCGGCUCCGGAAGUGGCCGUUGGCGUAGGUGCAUUCGGAGUUCUGCUGAGGUAACUAGAGAGUCUUCGGCGGGCUCGCGAGCCAGGCCGCGGCCUACUGGUUUCAGUGAUGGCUCAUGAAGCAAUGGAAUAUGAUCUUCAGGUACAGUUAAAUCAUGCUGAAGAACAGCCAGCUUCUGCUGAUGUGGCCAGCAGCCAAGGGGGACCAGCCCUCCUCCAGCCUGUUCCUGCUGAUGUGGUCAGCAGCCAGGGGGGACCACUGAUCUUCCAGCCAGCUCCUGCUGAAGUGAUUGGCAGCCAAGUGACACCACCCCUACUCCAGCCUACUCCACAACUGUCUAUUGACCUGACAGAAGUGGAGGUCUUGGGAGAAGACAAUGUGGAGAACAUCAAUCCAAGAACUUCAGAACAACAUAGACAGGCAUCUGAUGCUAAUCACACCAUGCGAGCAUCUUCAUUGCAUUCAAUGACCAACUUCAUCAGUGGACUGCAGAGACUUCAUGGCAUGCUGGAAUUCCUGAGACCUUCAUCUUCAAACCACAGUGUAGGGCCAAUGAGAACAAGAAGGAGGGUAUCUGCUUCACGGAGGGCAAGAGCCGGAGGGUCUCAGAGGACAGACAGUGCCAGGUUGAGAGCACCAUUGGAUGCUUACUUUCAGGUGAGCAGGACCCAGCCUGACUUGCCAGCUGCCACUUAUGAUUCAGAGACUAGGAAUCCUGUGUCUGAAGACUUGCAGGUGUCUAGUAGUACUGAUUCUGACAGUGACAGCUCUGCAGAGUAUGGAGGGGUUGUUGACCAGGCAGAGGAAUCUGGAGCUGUCAUUUUAGAAGAGCAACUAGCAGGUGUCUCAGCAGAGCAAGAAGUUACAUGUAUCGAUGGAGGCAAGACCCUCCCCAAACAGCCAUCUCCCCAGAAGUCUGAGCCUCUGCUACCUUCUGCCUCUGUGGAUGAGGAAGAAGGGGACACUUGUACAAUAUGUCUGGAACAGUGGACCAGUGCUGGAGACCACCGGCUCUCAGCAUUACGCUGUGGUCAUCUCUUUGGGUAUAGUUGCAUUUCCACGUGGCUCAAAGGACAAGUACGAAAAUGUCCCCAGUGCAACAAGAAAGCCAGGCACAGUGACAUUGUCGUCCUUUAUGCCCGAACCCUGAGAGCUUUGGACACUAGUGAACAGGAGCGCAUGAAAAGUUCCCUACUGAAGGAACAGAUGCUAAGGAAGCAGGCCGAGUUAGAAUCAGCACAGUGCCGACUCCAACUGCAGGUCCUCACUGAUGAGUGCACUAGGCUUCAAAGCCGUGUUCAGGACUUGCAAAAGCUUAUGUCACAUCAAAAUCAGAAUUUACAGCAACCCAGGGGCUCCCAAGCAUGGGUCCUGAGCUGCUCACCCUCCAGCCAGGACCAGCACAAGCACAAGUACCACUUCCAAAAGACCUUCACAGUAUCUCAGGCAGGAAACUGCCGGAUCAUGGCAUACUGUGAUGCUCUGAGCUGCCUGGUGAUAUCACAGCCUUCUCCUCAGGCCUCUUUUCUUCCAGGCUUUGGUGUUAAGAUGUUGAGUACUGCCAACAUGAGAAGCAGUCAGUACAUUCCGAUGCAUGGCAAACAGAUCCGUGGACUGGCUUUUAGCAGUUACUCCAGAGGCUUGCUACUCUCUGCUUCUCUAGACAACACUAUUAAACUGACCAGCCUGGAGACAAAUACCGUGGUCCAGACUUACAAUGCUGGACGUCCUGUCUGGAGCUGUUGCUGGUGUCUUGAUGAGACUAACUACAUCUAUGCUGGACUGGCCAAUGGUUCAAUUCUGGUAUAUGACGUGCGGAACACGAGCAGUCAUGUGCAGGAGUUAGUAGCUCAGAAAGCCAGAUGCCCACUGGUCUCCUUGUCAUACAUGUCCAGAGCUGCCUCAGCUGCAUUUCCAUAUGGUGGGGUGCUGGCUGGAACCUUGGAGGAUGCUUCAUUCUGGGAACAGAAAACGGACUUUUCUCAUUGGCCUCAUGUACUGCCCUUGGAGCCAGGGGGCUGCAUAGACUUCCAGACAGAGAACAGCUCCCGGCACUGUCUUGUGACCUACAGGCCUGAUAAAAAUCACACCACCAUACGAAGUGUGCUGAUGGAAAUGUCCUACCGACUGGAUGACACUGGAAAUCCAGUCUGCUCCUGCCAGCCUGUACAUACAUUUUUUGGAGGACCCACUUGCAAACUGUUGACCAAAAAUGCCAUUUUCCAAAGCCCAGAGAAUGACGGCAACAUCCUGGUGUGUACUGGGGAUGAAGCAGCAAAUUCUGCCCUGCUGUGGGAUGCUGCCAGUGGCUCGUUGCUCCAGGACCUACAGACCAAUCAGCCUGUCUUGGACAUCUGCCCAUUUGAGGUGAACCAUAACAGCUACUUGGCUACCUUAACAGAGAAGAUGGUCCACAUCUAUAAGUGGGAGUGACCGUGGUCUUGAAACCUUGAAGGCCUGCUGCUGGUUAAAUGUUGUUUGCUAGCACCUAGCAGUCCCAAGCAAGAUCCCUGUUUAUUGUCUGCGGCCUAGAACAUUGGGGAUCAUGGUUUGUUUGCAUUAAUAUGAUUCUAGGACUUUGGGUCACUGAGACACUACAGAUUGUGUAUCUGUUAUGUCCACUAAAAGAGUAAUUGAUGGGUACUUUAUCUACAUUAUCCAUUUUGGGUUUAAAGCCUUCAUUUACCAUUAUUGUAUGUUGGAAAUUCUUAUUUUCUUUAUUUUCUAUGUGACUUUCUGGACCUUAGAGAGUGUCCUCUCAUCAUCUAGGAUGUAAGUAGGCAUCAAGCAUUUUCUGGGGGAUAUGACAUCCCAUCUGAGUUGUCCUGUUACUUAGGUAUCCUUGAAGGGACUAACCAUUGUCUUGAUACUGAUUUGAUGCAACAUAGAUGUAAAAGAGUAUUACUCAGUUGAACACAAGAGGGCACUGUAAAAUCUUGUGUCCGGUUUAUUUCUGAUGUUGAAGGCUGACAAUCUUUUAGUAACUUGUCUCAUUGCCACAAAAGUGUGUGAUAGAGCACACCUGGGUGUGCCUUGCGGCAACAACACUUGUGUUCCAGGUGUGAAGUGAUGGGACAUUGGCAGGCCCAGUGAUGGAAGCAGCUAGUAAACUAUUCUCUUUGCUGAUACCUAGUGCAUUAAGUUUAUUGCUUUGUGAAAGGUAAGGAAAGAGGCCAGUUGUUUGAGUGGUGGGGAAAAUUUUGUUUUUUCUAGCCAGCUUAGGAACUCAGGAUUGGUUUUAUCCAAGCUAGUGCUUUGAAGAACACUAUCUCUUGCCAGGAAAAGAUGAGUGUUAGGUCAAAGGUUUUACUUGAGUCUCCCCUAGAUAUCGGGAGAAAAGACAUAAGAGAAUUUACAAAAGCUAUUCAGACUGCUAUUAAAAACAUGAGAAGAACUUGUCUCCCAUUUUGAGAGAGUUCCUAUCUAAAUAAAGCCAAUCCCUCAGACUGAGGGGCUGUUCUUAAGUGUUCUUUAUACAUUCCAGGUAAAGCCUUCCCCAUGUGAAGCUGAUGUUUGAUUCCACUUUCCUCUGAUUUGCCUCCCUAACCUUUUCUAAGGCUCAGUUUGUAUUUCUUUGACUUGCCUCAGACUACUUGACCAAACCACUGUCCACAACAGAAUAUGCUUCAAGAUGUGGGCAGGUCAGUGUCCUGUUCAUGGGAGAAAAUGGCUAACAAUCUGAUUUUCUCAAAUGAUUGCUGAAGAGUUGUUGCCGUUUUUAUUAUAAACACUUCUGACCUGUCAAUUCAA